AUGGUGAAAACGUUGGUGGCGCUGGCUACCGAACGAAUGCUCCUCAAGACGAGCGGCCCGACUUUUUUGCGCGGCAUCGAAUUUAUGUACGCCGCCGGAUUGGCGCCCGAUCGGCUCUCGGUCAUGAUGACGUCGUCGCACAAAUAUGUGCUGCAGUUUCACUCGAAAUGCGAUAUACGCCCGUUUGCGGCCAAUUAUCCCAAUUUCGGCAGAGUUUUACGCGGAAUUGGUGGGUUUCGGCGAGGAUUUUCACGUUUUGUGACGAGGUCUUAUUUCGAUAAAAAUCAAGAAAAACUCACAAAAUGAAGAAUUUUUCAAUUUUCUCCCCGAACGCCUUCUUUAAACUUUUGUUUCAGUGCACGUGCGCGAGUGGCGAAUCAAAUCGAUCGAGUUCGUGAACGUGGCGUUCUACAUGCGCGACGUCGACAAUCUGGAGCGGGCGAUCGAGAAGCUCGGCGUCGAGCUGGUCCUUCUCCGCAACUGCACGUAUCCGGGAGUGCAGCGCGGCGACGAGGCCGUCAAAUUUUUGUCGGCGCUCAAUCGAAAAAAGCAGGCGGUGGUGUGCGAGUACGGCGACGAUCGCCUCAAACAUCGCAUCGGCCGGCGCUCGAGCAAUCACCGAACGAGGCGAGCGAGCAGGAAUGGCGGCCAGGAGAUUAUUCCGCCGCCCGGAGACGUGGCGGCCGAUGGGGCCGCUCCGGCUGCGAUUCCAGGAGGGCAGGCCGCGCCGGCGGUCGGGGAAGCCGGCCUGGCGCCAGUUUUUGAAGCGCCGCCACGUGGAGCACCGCAGCCAGUCGGUCAGAUUCCGGGAGGAGUUCGACGUCCGGUGGCCAUGAAUCCGGAUCCGGCCAUAAAUGUGAUGCCGCACUUGAUUCCGCAGCAAAUGGCGCAAGGAGCAGCCGCACAACAGCAUCAGCAGGCGCCGGUGCUUCCGGUGCCGGCUCCGGGCAGAGCCGCCUCGGGAAGAGUCGUCGUCGGCGCGCACGUCUACGAGUUCAGAGCGGUCGACGUGCCGAACGCCGAGAAUUUGCCGACUGUUCAGAAUGUAAGCGGAUUGAAGGAGAUCGAGCAGGUCUUGGGACUUUUGAUGAAUUUCCUCUUAUGUAUUAUUCAAACACGUCAUAACUUUGCAAGAUUAUCAGUCUUUGUUUCGAGUAUUCAAGUUUCUGCCCGAUCGAAUUACCUUGUCUUUACCUUGUCAAAAGUCCAUUCCUCUCUCCCUCUCAAACUAUCAGCAUACUAAUUCCCGCCAGGAUAUGCAGGUCGGUCAUCUUCUAAACAUGCUCGCCGAGAACGCCGGACAAGCCGGUCAGCCGAACCAGGAUCAGAUGCGCGUGCUGCUGCUGCCGCCGAACGGCCAACCCGCGCCGCUCCACGUGAACAACAACAAUCAGGUGCUGUUGCGCGGCGCUGCCGGAAAUCCACACGAUCGGCAGGUGCCGCCCCCGCAGCAGCAACAGCUGCCGUUCGGAGGCGAUCGUCUCGCCCGGAUCAGGAACCUUCUUGCGAAUAAUGAGCACGGCGAGGUGGCGCGACUGGCCGCCCAUCAGCCGAGACCGCCGAUUCCGCCUGUCUGGAAUUGUGAGUGAUUGGGGUUCACGUGGAGUUUCAGUUUUGUUCCUUUUGUUGUCAACCAAAGAACAAUAUUUUGAGGCUACUCUAAAACAGAACGCUCCCAAGUCAGAACUGUGGCACAGCAAUCUACUCCUUAUUUCUUCUGAUUCGGGAGCGUUCUGAAUUGGGGAAAUGGCGUCUUGAGACAGUUCUAAGCCCCAAUGCUUCAACAUGGCAUCCCCCUAAUGAUCGAUUUUCCAACGUCUAACCCUUGACAAGCUUCAGACGCGGUCGCACACGUGCCGCAAGUGAAUCCGCCGCAGCUGGCGUUCCAGGUUCCGAUGUUCGGUGUGGCGGUCAACGAGCCACAAGUGCAACGAAACGGCGACGAUUCGAACGACAGCACGGUAAGCACAUGGAUGCGCGAUCGGCCAUUCCUGAACGGUCGCACGAAUUACAGGACCGCGAGGAGGCGAUGUUCGAUCCGGAUCAGAUGAGGAACGAGGUGUUGAGGGAUUUGGUGGCCGGUGAGCGUUUGAAAAUGACGAUUUCAUAAUUGUGUUGGAAAAGUUUCAGAUCCGGAAGCGCAGCCCAAUUUUGCGCCUGUCGAAGCGCAGGCCGUCGAUUUGGAGGAACUGGAGGAGGAAGGAGAUGGUAGGAUCGGAAAUUUACGAAAUUUGAAUUUCGCGCCAACGUUAUGUUAAAAAUCCAGAGAUUUUUUCCAGACGACGAAGGAAUGGAAGGUGUGGCGCCGGAGGGACAAUUCAUGAUGGAGCAACAUCCGUUGUGA